AUGUGGUCCAAGCUUGACUUUAAGCCCACGGUCACGUGGGUGGACCAAGAAAAUCUUAGGAGGCGGCAAUUGUAUUGUAAGUACAGUGAAUUAGUUCGUACUGACUACGACUCGUAUCGUAGGGCGGUUGAAAACUCCCAGUCGAAUCGUAUUACUUCCGAUUGGUUACGCUGCGUGAAGUGGAUCUGGGCUGAGCGAGAGUACUUGCAGCGGUUGGUAAGGAGGGGGGUCGAGGUGGCUAAUGACGUGACGAGGUAUAUCAAUGAUAUGAUCGCAUAUCAUAGGGUGGAGAAGAAGGCGGUUAUAGAGGGGUAUGAGCGAAGCUGGCCAACAGAUCGUAGAACGUUUCAACUUAGCUUUUCAGGGCUCGUAAGUGGCCCGGAACCUAUCCGGAAGGUCCUCGUAUCGCCCCCGGCCCCGACCUGGCCCUGCCCCCUGCUGUUACCCCUAUUCCCCCAUGUAUUUAGCCGUACCUCGCCCGUAGCUAGCUCGGUAGUCAUUGAGUCCCCACACACUCCCAUAUGCCUCUGA